AUGGGGCUGCGGGAGGCCGGGGGCGCGGGGCUGCUCCUCCUCUGCCUGCUGGCCGCCAAGCCCGCCGCCUCCAUGAACGCCAGCGACGCGGCUUUGGAAGCGGCCCUGGACGAGCCGGCGGUGGAGCUCGAGGACUUGGAUGCAAAUAUGACAGAACCCAUGGAGGUAGAAUUUGGACCGUGCACAGUUACAUGCGGUAUUGGCAACCGAGAUGUUAUAUUAACCAAAGGAUGCCCUGGGGGUGAAUCAAAAUGUAUUGUUCGUGUUGAGGAAUGCAGAGGACCAACAGACUGUGGCUGGGGGAAACCAAUUUCUGAAAGCCUUACUAAUGUGAAGAUUCCUUGCAUUUUUGUACCUCCGGAAGACCGAUUUACGUAUACUUGGAAAAUGUUGAUUCCAGACCAGCAAUCACUGAUUCUUCCUAAUGAUUCAGCUAUUCUGGAGGUACACAGGGAUUCACAUCCAGUUGCCUUCCAGUGUGAUACAAAUGAAAAUGAUGAACUGAUUGCAUCUGUAAAAUAUACAGUGUAUACAACAGCUGAACUGGAAACAAGAAUGGUAAAGAAGUCAACCACAGAUAUACUACUGGUGUUUCUUCUCAUAACUGGAGUUGUUGUUUGCGUUGGUGGGCUGUUUGCCAUGGUGUUCAUCAUUCUUAACUGGGCAGCUGUAAAAAACUUCUGGAAAACAAAAAUUUUGAAAAGCAGAGAAGAAGUAAUACACAGCUCAUAUGCUUCAACAAGAACCACAGAAGACUCAGGGCAAAUGCCUACAGCAGAAAAUUCUCAGAUAUCACAACUAGGAAGCGGUGGUCAGGAACAGGUUUCCUACCCGGAGUGGAAUGCAGAAGAAGGAGAAAAUUAG